UCCGUUGGAAGUUGGAACCAUGGAGAAUUCAUUGCUUGAUUCUGGGGAAACUGUGGAGAUGGUUACUACCCAGAAAAUCGAGGAAACAGUGAAGGGAAUACUCAGAGAAGCCGAUAUGGAUCAGAUGACUGAGUUCAAGCUCCGAAUCGCCGCUUCCGCUAAACUCGGUUUUGACUUGUCGGCGACCAAUCACAAGAAGCUAGUCAGAGAUAUUCUCGAGGCCUUCUUGCUAUCGAAUCCCGACGACGGGACUGUCCACGGUGAAGCAAUUGUACCGGAGACGGUGGCUCCGGCGAAUAAAGAGGCAGAUUCUGGUGCUGCCGCUGCCACUUCCGCUGGUACUGAAGAUGAACGCAUUAUUUGUAAGUUAUCGGAGAAGCGGAAUGUGACUGUUGAAAAAUACAGAGGCCAAGCUUUUCUAUCGAUUGGGGAGAGUUGUCAGGAAAAUGGAAAGCCUUUUAGAGGAGUACAUUUGUCAACUAACCAAUGGUCUGUGAUCAAGAAGAAUUUCGAAGCCAUAGAGGAAGGUAUUAAACAGUGCCAAUCAAAAUUACGAUCUGAAUCAAAACAAAACGGAGAUACUUCUGAGGCUGUGGAUAACAAGACCACUUGCAGUUUUUCAGUUAUCGAGACUUCACGUUUUGAUGGGAGUGGUUAUCUUGGCUGGGCAUCACAGAUGGAACUCUUUUUAAAGCAAUUGAAUUUGAGUUAUGUUCUCUCUGAACCAUUUCCUGUUACCAAUAGCUCUCAAGGCCCUGAAACCAACCCCAGAGAAAUAAGUCGAGCUGAUGCUGCAAGGAAAAAUUGGUGGAAAGAUGAUUACCUGUGCCACAAUCACUUGUUGAACUCCUUGUCAGAUCAUCUAUACCGUCGAUACUCGAAGAAAUUCAAGCAUGCCAAAGAAUUGUGGGACGACUUAAAGUGGGUCUACCAGUGUGAAGAAUCCAAUUCAAAGAGGUCACAGGUCAGAAAGUACAUUGAGUUCAAAAUGGUGGAAGAGAAACCGAUUCUUGAGCAAGUCCAAGACAUUAACAAGAUUGCGGAUUCCAUAGUGAGUGCUGGUAUGUUUCUUGAUGAGACAUUUCAUGUGAGUACCAUCAUUUCCAAGUUUCCCCCGUCGUGGAGUGGCUUCAGCACCAGAUUGAUGGAAAAGGAGUUUUUACCGGUCUGGAUGUUGAUGGAGCGAGUAAAAGCUGAGGAGCUUCUGAGAAAUGGAGCACAAAGGGUUACAUAUAGACCAGCCACAGGCUCUUCUCAGAUGGAAAGGAUACAUAGUCUAGGAACAACAACGCAUAGGGGUUGGAAGAGGAAAGAACCCGAGAGAGACGGGAGAGUCACCAUCGUCUGUGACAACUGUGGGAGGAAAGGACAUCUUGCAAAGAAUUGUUGGGGUAAGACAUUUGAUGAGAGAGCUUCAGGUAAACCGAAUCCGGUUACUUCUUCAUCCACUGAACCUGUGGUUUCAGAGACUCAAGCAACAACCAACAGUGGAAGGGAGUAAUAAAAAAAAGUUCAUAUUUCCGGAUUACAAAAUCACAGCCUCCCCCCAAGGGAAGAUGAGAAUCAAGAUCCAUUCCAAGAGGAUCAGCCUUUUCUGGCUUUAACAUCUUGAACCACCAGCUAACCAACAUUGAAUCUUCUGAAACAUCCGUUCAUUUUGUUAUUUUGGUCUUAGGUUUGUAAUUUUAGUUCAGGACAGUGAAUUGUAACAAAGGGAAAACAGAGAGAUGGGAAAUAGAACAGUUUUGGCCUUGAUUUAAUGUA